AUGAGUAAAAAUGAUAAAAAUCAAAAGUUGACUGCAUAUGAAAGUUAUAAGAAGAUAGAAUCUGAAAUCAAAUUUCAAACCAAUCUUCUAGAGAAAUCAAAUCCAACUAUUAGAUGUCCAAUUCAUUAAUACAAUUACUCCAAAACUUGCAGAUAAUGUAAGAAAAUUGUUGUGGAAGAAGUACCAACAUACUAAGAGAAGUCAAUCAAUAUGGAUAAAUAUCACUAUGAUGUUGGAGACAGAGGAGAUAAUAUUAUACCGAUUCGAGGAGAAAAUGCAAUCAGCAAUAUGAAUUCACUAGUUAGAUAAAAUAUACUUACAUGUCCAUAUUACAAAGAAUUAUUAUAGAUUAGAGAUAUUAAUGACAUUGUCACUGAGACAGAUAAGAUUGUUACAUCGGUUGGCACUUGGGCUGGUCCAGGAGUACCAUCAUCGUUCUUCUGUAUUUUACAUAAGUUGAUGAGCAUGAAUUUAAAUGUCAAAUAAUUACAAAUUUUAUGUGAUUGGAAGUUGAAUCCAUAUGUUAGAUGUUUAGGAUUAUUAUAUUUAAGAUAUUCGUUGGAUCCUAAUUUUUUAUGGGGAUGGAUGAAGCGAUAUAUUUUGGAUGAAUAAGAAUUCAAACCCUCCAAAGAUGAAAACAUUACGAUUGGAGAUUUUUGUGAGAGAUUACUUACAGACUUGAAUUAUUAUAAUACUCGAUUGCCUCGUAUCCCAUAACAGAUUGAUACUAUUAUAUAAGCGAAAAUAUUGUUGUCUUAAGAGAAGAGACAAAGGAGAAACAUAAAUCAAAGAAUCAUGGCAUUAUUAUAACCAGGAGUCUCAGUGAGAGCAAUCUCAUAAAAAGAUGAUGAAUGGCAUGUGGGUAAAAUAGAAAGCGUUGAUGGCACAUAUCUUAAUAUCUAAUUUGAAGAAGUAAUGGAACGAGUAAGCUUAGGAGAAAUUGAAUUCAUCCCUAAAAAUGAUGAAUAAAGAUUAUAUAUUGCUUAAAUGAUUACUGAAGGAAUGCAAGAAGGUUAAAUCUAAUUGCCUUAAGAAGUGAUUUAAUAAAAAUCACCAUCUAGAUCUAAAUCUAAAAAGAAGAAAAGAUCAACCUCUAGUAGUAGUAAAAGUAGCAGUAGUAGAAGUAAAAGUAGACGUAAGAGUCAUAAGAAAAAGAAAAAUAAACAUAAAUCUUAAAAGGAACACAAAAGGAAGAAGGAUAAAAAGAAAGACAAGGAGAAAGAAAAAGAAAAAGAAAAGUAAAAAAAAGAGAAACAAAAAGAAAAAGAAAGAUAAAGAUCUAAUAGCCCAGAACUAGGAUAAUAUGAAACUAAUAAAGAAAGACAGGAAAGAUUAGAAAAAGAAAUUAGGAGAAAAUAAAUGGACAAAGCAGUUGCACAUUCCAAAUAAGAUGUUGCCAAAAUACCUGCCUCAUAUAAAACUUCCUUGGCUGCUGCAUUGCCAACUUCAACAAAACCAGUAAGACAAAGCAGUCCAGACCCCAUUAAAAAAAAAGAAUAAUUUAUUGAAUUAGGAAACUCAGAUGUCAACAAUCCAAAACUUGAAAAAGAAUCAAAAACAGAUGUAAUAUUCUCAUAUCAUUUAUAGCAAAAUAAUCCAUUUUUAAAAGAAUUAAUUAAAAAAUAUGGUGAUGAUGAUGUUUGA